UCUACGCUGCUAUUUGCAAGCAAGAGGGCAAACCCUUGAAGUUUCCCGGCAGCAAAGUGGCUUGGGAGUGUUAUGCGAUGGCCUCGGACGCUGACCUGAUAGCAGAGCAGCACAUAUGGGCGGCAGUGGACCCGAAUGCGGCAAACGAAGCGUUUAAUAUAAACAAUGGGGAUGUUUUCAAGUGGAAGCAGUUUUGGAAGGGGUUGGCGGAGCAGUUUGGGAUUGAGGAGCAUGGGUUUUAUGAGGAGGAGGAGGGUGAGGGGAGGUUGAGCUUGGUGGAGAUGAUGAAGGGGAAGGAGGGUGUGUGGGAGGAGAUUGUGAAGGAGAAUGAGCUGCAGCCUACGAAGCUGGUGGAGGUGGGGGUGUGGUGGUUUGCUGACUAUGUGUUGGGCGGGGAGGCUGUUUUGGACAGUAUGAAUAAGAGCAAGGAGCAUGGGUUUUUGGGGUUUAGGAACUCCUCCAAGUCUUUCAUUUCAUGGAUUGAGAAGAUGAAAUCUUACAAGAUUGUACCAUGAAGAAAUGUACGAUGAUCAUAUAUAUAUGCAUAUAUGUUUUCUUAAUGAAUUGAUAAGAGCUUGUAGAGAUAA